AUGAGUGCUGAAAAACAACAACUGCUGUACGAAAAGGCUUACUGUGAGUAUCGACUCAAUUAUGUGAACGAAGCCAUCGAUACAUUGGACUCAAUCAAAGAACCAGACUUUAGAGCAAAAGAACUUCGCGCACAAGCGUUAUACCGUUUGGAAAGAUUUGAUGAAUGCUUUGACCAAUACUUGGAUUUAAUUAAGAAUUCUGACGACGACUACGAGGACGAGCGUCAGACCAAUUUGGCUGCAGUUGUGGCCAGUCUUAGUAUUAAUGGUAAGGAGGAGUCGAUUAAGUCAAAGCCACAGAUAGAGGAACAGACGUAUGAACUGAUCUACAAUAAGGCGUGCGCUCUGUUGGGGUCACAUCGCUAUGAAGAGGCCCUUCAAAAGCUUAAUAGUGCCGAAGACAUGUGUCGCAAAACAUUGGAAGAGGACGGCGCUACUGAAGAGGACAUAGAGUCAGAGCUGGCAAUCAUUAGGACUCAAAUCGCUUAUUGUUAUCAAUUGCAGAAAAAAGACGAAACGGCUCUUCGGAUGUAUAACCAGAUUCUCAAACAAAAACCGAACGACUCGGCGCUGUUGGCCGUUGUGUCCAAUAAUGUGGUUUCCAUUAAUAAGGAUCAGAAUGUCUUCGACUCGAAAAAGAAAAUGAAAACCGCUUUGAGUGAGACAUUAGAGUCGAAACUGUUUCAACUCCAGCGCCAAACCAUUCUCUUUAAUAAUUGUCUUCUACUCCUUCACACCAAUCAAAGCGAUUCCGUUCGCAAACAAUUGGAAGAAAUUAAGAAAAAAUUUCCGCAACAGAUAUCCGAAACCAUUCUC